AUGGAGAAGUUAAAAGGUGGUGUUUUGUGCAAAGUGGUGAUAACAUUCAUGGUGUUAUCCAGUGUAAAUGGAAGUAUAAAAGAUGAAAUGCGCAAUGGUGUGUCGUUCAAACUGACCGAGCUCAUUAGAAAAUUGUUCCCAGUGGAUGAAAAAGUGAUGGAAAGUGCUUCAAACAACCUGAUACCUAAUAUAAUCAAAAAGAUAAAAGAAUAUGUCUUCCCAUCAUCACCUACGACAUCAACCAUUGAAACAACUGAAUCAAUAGCAACUCAACAAACAACCACUUCUGCUACCAUCGAUCAAACAACUACGACCGAUGAUGUACACCAGCAAUCAACAACAGAAGAUGAACAAACAGAGAGCACUGAUGACACUGCGGCGUUAACAAACGAUGAUGAAACUGACGAGACUACAGCAGCCACCGAAGAGGAAACGGAAAGCACGGCGGCUGAAGAAGAAACCGAGACUACAGCAGCCGCCGAAGAGGAAACGGAAAGCACGGCGGCUGAAGAAGAAACCGAGACUACAGCAGCCGCCGAAGAGGAAACGGAAAGCACGACGGCUGAAGAAGAAACCGAGACUACAGCAGCCGCCGAAGAGGAAACGGAAAGCACGGCGGCUGAAGAAGAAACCGAGACUACAGCAGCCGCCGAAGAGGAAACGGAAAGCACGGCGGCUGAAGAAGAAACCGAGACUACAGCAGCCGCCGAAGAGGAAACGGAAAGCACGGCGGCUGAAGAAGAAACCGAGACUACAGCAGCCGCCGAAGAGGAAACGGAAAGCACGGCGGCUGAAGAAGAAACCGAGACUACAGCAGCUGCCGAAGAGGAAACGGAAAGCACGGCGGCUGAAGAAGAAACCGAGACUACAGCAGCCACCGAAGAGGAAACGGAAAGCACGGCGGCUGAAGAAGAAACCGAGACUACAGCAGCCGCCGAAGAGGAAACGGAAAGCACGGCGGCUGAAGAAGAAACCGAGACUACAGCAGCCGCCGAAGAGGAAACGGAAAGCACGACGGCUGAAGAAGAAACCGAGACUACAGCAGCCGCCGAAGAGGAAACGGACAGCACGGCGGCUGAAGAAGAAACCGAGACUACAGCAGCCGCCGAAGAGGAAACGGAAAGCACGACGGCUGAAGAAGAAACCGAGACUACAGCAGCCGCCGAAGAGGAAACGGAAAGCACGGCGGCUGAAGAAGAAACCGAGACUACAGCAGCCGCCGAAGAGGAAACGGAAAGCACGGCGGCUGAAGAAGAAACCGAGACUACAGCAGCCGCCGAAGAGGAAACGGAAAGCACGGCGGCUGAAGAAGAAACCGAGACUACAGCAGCCACCGAAGAGGAAACGGAAAGCACGGCGGCUGAAGAAGAAACCGAGACUACAGCAGCCGCCGAAGAGGAAACGGAAAGCACGGCGGCUGAAGAAGAAACCGAGACUACAGCAGCCGCCGAAGAGGAAACGGAAAGCACGGCGGCUGAAGAAGAAACCGAGACUACAGCAGCCGCCGAAGAGGAAACGGAAAGCACGGCGGCUGAAGAAGAAACCGAGACUACAGCAGCCGCCGAAGAGGAAACGGAAAGCACGGCGGCUGAAGAAGAAACCGAGACUACAGCAGCCGCCGAAGAGGAAACGGAAAGCACGGCGGCUGAAGAAGAAACCGAGACUACAGCAGCCGCCAAAGAGGAAACGGACAGCACGGCGGCUGAAGAAGAAACCGAGACUACAGCAGCCGCCGAAGAGGAAACGGAAAGCACGGCGGCUGAAGAAGAAACCGAGACUACAGCAGCCGCCGAAGAGGACACGGAAAGCACGGCGGCUGAAGAAGAAACCGAGACUACAGCAGCCACCGAAGAGGACACGGAAAGCACGGCGGCUGAAGAAGAAACCGAGACUACAGCAGCCGCCGAAGAGGAAACGGAAAGCACGGCGGCUGAAGAAGAAACCGAGACUACAGCAGCCGCCGAAGAGGAAACGGAAAGCACGGCGGCUGAAGAAGAAACCGAGACUACAGCAGCCGCCGAAGAGGAAACGGAAAGCACGGCGGCUGAAGAAGAAACCGAGACUACAGCAGCCGCCGAAGAGGAAACGGAAAGCACGGCGGUUGAAGAAGAAACCGAGACUACAGCAGCCGCCGAAGAGGAAACGGAAAGCACGACGGCUGAAGAAGAAACCGAGACUACGGCAGCCGCCGAAGAGGAAACGGAAAGCACGACGGCUGAAGAAGAAACCGAGACUACGGCAGCCGCCGAAGAGGAAACGGAAAGCACGGCGGCUGAAGAAGAAACCGAGACUACAGCAGCCGCCGAAGAGGAAACGGAAAGCACGGCGGCUGAAGAAGAAACCGAGACUACAGCAGCCGCCGAAGAGGAAACGGAAAGCACGGCGGCUGAAGAAGAAACCGAGACUACAGCAGCCGCCGAAGAGGAAACGGAAAGCACGGCGGCUGAAAAAGAAACCGAGACUACAGCAGCCGCCGAAGAGGAAACGGAAAGCACGGCGGCUGAAGAAGAAACCGAGACUACAGCAGCCGCCGAAGAGGAAACGGAAAGCACGGCGGCUGAAGAAGAAACCGAGACUACAGCAGCCGCCAAAGAGGAAACGGACAGCACGGCGGCUGAAGAAGAAACCGAGACUACAGCAGCCGCCGAAGAGGAAACGGAAAGCACGACGGCUGAAGAAGAAACCGAGACUACAGCAGCCGCCGAAGAGGAAACGGAAAGCACGGCGGCUGAAGAAGAAACCGAGACUACAGCAGCCGCCGAAGAGGAAACGGAAAGCACGGCGGCUGAAGAAGAAACCGAGACUACAGCAGCCACCGAAGAGGAAACGGAAAGCACGGCGGCUGAAGAAGAAACCGAGACUACAGCAGCCGCCGAAGAGGAAACGGAAAGCACGGCGGCUGAAGAAGAAACCGAGACUACAGCAGCUGCCGAAGAGGAAACGGAAAGCACGGCGGCUGAAGAAGAAAUCGAGACAACGGCAGCCGCCGAAGAGGAAACGGAAACCACGGCGGCUGAAGAAGAAACCGAGACUACAGCAGCCGCCGACGAGGAAACGGAAAGCACGACGGCUGAAGAAGAAACCGAGACUACAGCACCUGCCGAAGAGGAAACGGAAAGCACGGCGGCUGAAGAAGAAACCGAGACUACAGCAGCCGCCGAAGAGGAAACGGAAAGCACGGCGGCUGAAGAAGAAACCGAGACUACAGCAGCCGCCGAAGAGGAAACGGAUAGCACGGCGGCUGAAGAAGAAACCGAGACUACAGCAGCCGCCGAAGAGGAAACGGAAAGCACGGCGGCUGAAGAAGAAACCGAGACUACAGCACCUGCCGAAGAGGAAACGGAAAGCACGGCGGCUGAAGAAGAAACCGAGACUACAGCAGCCGCCGAAGAGGAAACGGAAAGCACGGCGGCUGAAGAAGAAACCGAGACUACAGCAGCCGCCGAAGAGGAAACGGAAAGCACGGCGGCUGAAGAAGAAACCGAGACUACAGCAGCCGCCGAAGAGGAAACGGAAAGCACGGCGGCUGAAGAAGAAACCGAGACUACAGCAGCUGCCGAAGAGGAAACGGAAAGCACGGCGGCUGAAGAAGAAACCGAGACUACAGCAGCUGCCGAAGAGGAAACGGAAAGCACGGCGGCUGAAGAAGAAACCGAGACUACAGCAGCCGCCGAAGAGGAAACGGAAAGCACGGCGGCUGAAGAAGAAACCGAGACUACAGCAGCCGCCGAAGAGGAAACGGAAAGCACGGCGGCUGAAGAAGAAACCGAGACUACAGCAGCCGCCGAAGAGGAAACGGAAAGCACGGCGGCUGAAGAAGAAACCGAGACUACAGCAGCCGCCGAAGAGGAAACGGAAAGCACGGCGGCUGAAGAAGAAACCGAGACUACAGCAGCCGCCAAAGAGGAAACGGAAAGCACGGCGGCUGAAGAAGAAACCGAGACUACAGCAGCCGCCGAAGAGGACACGGAAAGCACGGCGGCUGAAGAAGAAACCGAGACUACAGCAGCCGCCGAAGAGGAAACGGAAAGCACGGCGGCUGAAGAAGAAACCGAGACUACAGCAGCUGCCGAAGAGGAAACGGAAAGCACGGCGGCUGAAGAAGAAACCGAGACUACAGCAGCCGCCGAAGAGGAAACGGAAAGCACGGCGGCUGAAGAAGAAACCGAGACUACAGCAGCCGCCGAAGAGGAAACGGAAAGCACGGCGGCUGAAGAAGAAACCGAGACUACAGCAGCUGCCGAAGAGGAAACGGAAAGCACGGCGGCUGAAGAAGAAACCAAGACUACAGCAGCCGCCGAAGAGGAAACGGAAAGCACGGCGGCUGAAGAAGAAACCGAGACUACAGCAGCCGCCGAAGAGGAAACGGAAAGCACGGCGGCUGAAGAAGAAACCGAGACUACAGCAGCCACCGAAGAGGAAACGGAAAGCACGGCGGCUGAAGAAGAAAUCGAGACUACAGCAGCCGCCGAAGAGGAAACGGAAAGCACGGCGGCUGAAGAAGAAACCGAGACUACAGCAGCCGCCGAAGAGGAAACGGAACGCACGGCGGCUGAAGAAGAAACCGAGACUACAGCAGCCGCCGAAGAGGAAACGGAAAGCACGGCGGCUGAAGAAGAAACCGAGACUACAGCAGUUGCCGAAGAGGAAACGGAAAGCACGGCGGCUGAAGAAGAAACCGAGACUACAGCAGCUGCCGAAGAGGAAACGGAAAGCACGACGGCUGAAGAAGAAACCGAGACUACAGCAGCCGCCGAAGAGGAAACGGAAAGCACGGCGGCUGAAGAAGAAACCGAGACUACAGCAGCCGCCGAAGAGGAAACGGAAAGCACGGCGGCUGAAGAAGAAACCGAGACUACAGCAGCCGCCGAAGAGGAAACGGAAAGCACGGCGGCUGAAGAAGAAACCGAGACUACAGCAGCUGCCGAAGAGGAAACGGAAAGCACGGCGGCUGAAGAAGAAACCGAGACUACAGCAGCUGCCGAAGAGGAAACGGAAAGCACGGCGGCUGAAGAAGAAACCGAGACUACAGCAGCCGCCGAAGAGGAAACGGAAAGCACGGCGGCUGAAGAAGAAACCGAGACUACAGCAGCCGCCGAAGAGGAAACGGAAAGCACGGCGACUCAAGAAGAAACCGAGACUACAGCAGCCGCCGAAGAGGAAACGGAAAGCACGGCGGCUGAAGAAGAAACCGAGACUACAGCAGCCGCCGAAGAGGAAACGGAAAGCACGGCGGCUGAAGAAGAAACCGAGACUACAGCAGCCGCCGAAGAGGAAACGGAAAGCACGGCGGCUGAAGAAGAAACCGAGACUACAGCAGCUGCCGAAGAGGAAACGGAAAGCACGGCGGCUGAAGAAGAAACCGAGACUACAGCAGCUGCCGAAGAGGAAACGGAAAGCACGGCGGCUGAAGAAGAAACCGAGACUACAGCAGCCGCCGAAGAGGAAACGGAAAGCACGGCGGCUGAAGAAGAAACCGAGACUACAGCAGCCGCCGAAGAGGAAACGGAAAGCACGGCGGCUGAAGAAGAAACCGAGACUACAGCAGCCGCCGAAGAGGAAACGGAAAGCACGGCGGCUGAAGAAGAAACCGAGACUACAGCAGCCGCCGAAGAGGAAACGGAAAGCACGGCGGCUGAAGAAGAAACCGAGACUACAGCAGCCGCCAAAGAGGAAACGGAAAGCACGGCGGCUGAAGAAGAAACCGAGACUACAGCAGCUGCCGAAGAGGAAACGGAAAGCACGGCGGCUGAAGAAGAAACCGAGACUACAGCAGCCGCCGAAGAGGAAACGGAAAGCACGGCGGCUGAAGAAGAAACCGAGACUACAGCAGCCGCCGAAGAGGAAACGGAAAGCACGGCGACUCAAGAAGAAACCGAGACUACAGCAGCCGCCGAAGGGGAAACGGAAAGCACGGCGGCUGAAGAAGAAACCGAGACUACAGCAGCCGCCGAAGAGGAAACGGAAAGCACGGCGGCUGAAGAAGAAACCGAGACUACAGCAGCCGCCGAAGAGGAAACGGAAAGCACGGCGGCUGAAGAAGAAACCGAGACUACAGCAGCUGCCGAAGAGGAAACGGAAAGCACGGCGGCUGAAGAAGAAACCGAGACUACAGCAGCUGCCGAAGAGGAAACGGAAAGCACGGCGGCUGAAGAAGAAACCGAGACUACAGCAGCCGCCGAAGAGGAAACGGAAAGCACGGCGACUCAAGAAGAAACCGAGACUACAGCAGCCGCCGAAGAGGAAACGGAAAGCACGGCGGCUGAAGAAGAAACCGAGACUACAGCAGCCGCCGAAGAGGAAACGGAAAGCACGGCGGCUGAAGAAGAAACCGAGACUACAGCAGCCGCCAAAGAGGAAACGGAAAGCACGGCGGCUGAAGAAGAAACCGAGACUACAGCAGCCGCCGAAGAGGAAACGGAAAGCACGGCGGCUGAAGAAGAAACCGAGACUACAGCAGCCGCCGAAGAGGAAACGGAAAGCACGGCGGCUGAAGAAGAAACCGAGACUACAGCAGCCGCCGAAGAGGAAACGGAAAGCACGGCGGCUGAAGAAGAAACCGAGACUACAGCAGCUGCCGAAGAGGAAACGGAAAGCACGGCGGCUGAAGAAGAAACCGAGACUACAGCAGCUGCCGAAGAGGAAACGGAAAGCACGGCGGCUGAAGAAGAAACCGAGACUACAGCAGCCGCCGAAGAGGAAACGGAAAGCACGGCGGCUGAAGAAGAAACCGAGACUACAGCAGCCGCCGAAGAGGAAACGGAAAGCACGGCGACUCAAGAAGAAACCGAGACUACAGCAGCCGCCGAAGAGGAAACGGAAAGCACGGCGGCUGAAGAAGAAACGGAAAGCACGGCGGCUGAAGAAGAAACCGAGACUACAGCAGCCGCCGAAGAGGAAACGGAAAGCACGGCGGCUGAAGAAGAAACCGAGACUACAGCAGCCGCCGAAGAGGACACGGAAAGCACGGCGGCUGAAGAAGAAACCGAGACUACAGCAGCCGCCGAAGAGGAAACGGAAAGCACGGCGGCUGAAGAAGAAACCGAGACUACAGCAGCCGCCGAAGAGGAAACGGAAAGCACGGCGGCUGAAGAAGAAACCGAGACUACAGCAGCCGCCGAAGAGGAAACGGAAAGCACGGCGGCUGAAGAAGAAACCGAGACUACAGCAGCCACCGAAGAGGAAACGGAAAGCACGGCGGCUGAAGAAGAAACCGAGACUACAGCAGCCGCCGAAGAGGAAACGGAAAGCACGGCGGCUGAAGAAGAAACCGAGACUACAGCAGCCGCCGAAGGGGAAACGGAAAGCACGGCGGCUGAAGAAGAAACCGAGACUACAGCAGCCGCCGAAGAGGAAACGGAAAGCACGGCGGCUGAAGAAGAAACCGAGACUACAGCAGCCGCCGAAGAGGAAACGGAAAGCACGGCGGCUGAAGAAGAAACCGAGACUACAGCAGCUGCCGAAGGGGAAACGGAAAGCACGGCGGCUGAAGAAGAAACCGAGACUACAGCAGCCGCCGAAGAGGAAACGGAAAGCACGGCGGCUGAAGAAGAAACCGAGACUACAGCAGCCGCCGAAGAGGAAACGGAAAGCACGGCGGCUGAAGAAGAAACCGAGACUACAGCAGCCGCCGAAGAGGAAACGGAAAGCACGGCGGCUGAAGAAGAAACCGAGACUACAGCAGCCGCCGAAGGGGAAACGGAAAGCACGGCGGCUGAAGAAGAAACCGAGACUACAGCAGCCGCCGAAGAGGAAACGGAAAGCACGGCGGCUGAAGAAGAAACCGAGACUACAGCAGCCACCGAAGAGGAAACGGAAAGCACGGCGGCUGAAGAAGAAACCGAGACUACAGCAGCCGCCGAAGAGGAAACGGAAAGCACGGCGGCUGAAGAAGAAACCGAGACUACAGCAGCCGCCGAAGAGGAAACGGAAAGCACGGCGGCUGAAGAAGAAACCGAGACUACAGCAGCCGCCGAAGAGGAAACGGAAAGCACGGCGGCUGAAGAAGAAACCGAGACUACAGCAGCCGCCGAAGAGGACACGGAAACCACGGCGGCUGAAGAAGAAACCGAGACUACAGCAGCCGCCGAAGAGGAAACGGAAAGCACGGCGGCUGAAGAAGAAACCGAGACUACAGCAGCCGCCGAAGAGGAAACGGAAAGCACGGCGGCUGAAGAAGAAACCGAGACUACAGCAGCCGCCGAAGAGGAAACGGACAGCACGGCGGCUGAAGAAGAAACCGAGACUACAGCAGCCGCCGAAGAGGAAACGGAAAGCACGGCGGCUGAAGAAGAAACCGAGACUACAGCAGCCGCCGAAGAGGAAACGGAAAGCACGGCGGCUGAAGAAGAAACCGAGACUACAGCAGCCACCGAAGAGGACACGGAAAGCACGGCGGCUGAAGAAGAAACCGAGACUACAGCAGCCACCGAAGAGGAAACGGAAAGCACGGCGGCUGAAGAAGAAACCGAGACUACAGCAGCCGCCGAAGAGGAAACGGAAAGCACGGCGGCUGAAGAAGAAACCGAGACUACAGCAGCCGCCGAAGAGGAAACGGAAAGCACGGCGGCUGAAGAAGAAACCGAGACUACAGCAGCCGCCGAAGAGGAAACGGAAAGCACGGCGGCUGAAGAAGAAACCGAGACUACAGCAGCCGCCGAAGAGGAAACGGAAAGCACGGCGGCUGAAGAAGAAACCGAGACUACAGCAGCCGCCGAAGAGGAAACGGAAAGCACGGCGGCUGAAGAAGAAACCGAGACUACAGCAGCCGCCGAAGAGGAAACGGAAAGCACGGCGGCUGAAGAAGAAACCGAGACUACAGCAGCCGCCGAAGAGGAAACGGAAAGCACGGCGGCUGAAGAAGAAACCGAGACUACAGCAGCCGCCGAAGAGGAAACGGAAAGCACGACGGCUGAAGAAGAAACCGAGACUACAGCAGCCGCCGAAGAGGAAACGGACAGCACGGCGGCUGAAGAAGAAACCGAGACUACAGCAGCCGCCGAAGAGGAAACGGAAAGCACGACGGCUGAAGAAGAAACCGAGACUACAGCAGCCACCGAAGAGGAAACGGAAAGCACGGCGGCUGAAGAAGAAACCGAGACUACAGCAGCCGCCGAAGAGGAAACGGAAAGCACGGCGGCUGAAGAAGAAACCGAGACUACAGCAGCCGCCGAAGAGGAAACGGAAAGCACGGCGGCUGAAGAAGAAACCGAGACUACAGCAGCCGCCGAAGAGGAAACGGAAAGCACGGCGGCUGAAGAAGAAACCGAGACUACAGCAGCUGCCGAAGAGGAAACGGAAAGCACGGCGGCUGAAGAAGAAACCGAGACUACAGCAGCUGCCAAAGAGGAAACGGAAAGCACGGCGGCUGAAGAAGAAACCGAGACUACAGCAGCUGCCGAAGAGGAAACGGAAAGCACGGCGGCUGAAGAAGAAACCGAGACUACAGCAGCCGCCGAAGAGGAAACGGAAAGCACGGCGGCUGAAGAAGAAACCGAGACUACAGCAGCCGCCGAAGAGGAAACGGAAAGCACGGCGGCUGAAGAAGAAACCGAGACUACAGCAGCCGCCGAAGAGGAAACGGAAAGCACGGCGGCUGAAGAAGAAACCGAGACUACAGCAGCCGCCGAAGAGGAAACGGAAAGCGCGACGGCUGAAGAAGAAACCGAGACUACAGCAGCCGCCGAAGAGGAAACGGACAGCACGGCGGCUGAAGAAGAAACCGAGACUACAGCAGCCGCCGAAGAGGAAACGGAAAGCACGACGGCUGAAGAAGAAACCGAGACUACAGCAGCCACCGAAGAGGAAACGGAAAGCACGGCGGCUGAAGAAGAAACCGAGACUACAGCAGCCGCCGAAGAGGAAACGGAAAGCACGGCGGCUGAAGAAGAAACCGAGACUACAGCAGCCGCCGAAGAGGAAACGGAAAGCACGGCGGCUGAAGAAGAAACCGAGACUACAGCAGCCGCCGAAGAGGAAACGGAAAGCACGGCGGCUGAAGAAGAAACCGAGACUACAGCAGCUGCCGAAGAGGAAACGGAAAGCACGGCGGCUGAAGAAGAAACCGAGACUACAGCAGCUGCCAAAGAGGAAACGGAAAGCACGGCGGCUGAAGAAGAAACCGAGACUACAGCAGCUGCCGAAGAGGAAACGGAAAGCACGGCGGCUGAAGAAGAAACCGAGACUACAGCAGCCGCCGACGAGGAAACGGAAAGCACGGCGGCUGAAGAAGAAACCGAGACUACAGCAGCCGCCGAAGAGGAAACGGACAGUACUUCAGAAAUACCCACGACCACCGCAGAGCCCAUUGACGAGUGUAUGGACUACACGCCGCCUCCUCCGGCAUUGAAACACCUGUACGUGAAAUUGAAACCGCAUUUAAAUGUGUCGUCUAUUGCACCAACUCCAGCACGUAAAAGCUUUCCCAGCUACCGUAAACUUAUAAAAGAUGUCAACAAAAUAUCCCUCAACUCGGGAUCGUUCAGACAGAAGAUUGAAGCAGUAAUCAACAAGUUCCAGGCGGCUAUUAACGAAUCUAUUGCAUCUCAACUGCAAUUUUUCGAAUCGACCCACAUUAAUAUGCUGUUUCAGCUGAAAAACUUUGUGCAAAAGUCUUACAACAGCUUCACCGAUUUGGUUGAUCACUCCUUCAAGAAUAGUGGCGUGUGCACGGGUAGAAGCAAAGAAUGUUGGAACAAGCUGCAGGCCGGACUGCCUCGCUUUAUGGAGGAGAUGAAUCAAGAGAUCGUCACGUGCGACGACAUCUUCAACGCGAACAUGGAAAAUCCGCGCGGUGUUUCGGUGCGUCGAGUGGCGGUGCAACGGAUCGGCCAGGAGUUUGGGCACAUCCAGUCGAAAUGUUUGAACAUCCCCCAGGGUAACGGGCAGACUCUCAGCUGUCUGAUGAAGAGUCUUCCACACUUCGUGCCAAGAAGUGCAGCAUACUUCAGCAGCCUGCAAAAUGUGAUCAGCCAGGGUACCAAUCUGAUGGGAUACGUUACAUCUAUGGCACAAAGCUGCUAUCAAACGGCGUAUAACGCACGUACCGAACAGUUCAACAACGGCAUGACCAAGUUGAACCGUUGCGUACAAGGCGAAAACGCCAACGAUGUGGCGCUAAACAAAGAGCUGGACAAAUAA